GUGGAAGACGACAAUGUUUACGACCUUAUAGGUGUCGGCUUAGGUCCGACACACCUCGCAUUGGCAAUCGCACACAAGGAGAGCAGCAAUCCUGACCAGAAAUGCCUCUUCAUGGAAGUUAAAGACAAGUUUAGCUGGCAUUCACCACUCCUCUUGCCUGCAUCUAGAAUGCAAAUUAGUUUCCUUAAGGAUUUGGCAACUUUCCGUAACCCAGCGUCUAGCUACACCUUCGUGAACUACCUUCACUCACAUGGCGUCGACCGCUUGGCUGGCUUCUCUAACAUUGGUUGCUGGACACCAUCUAGAACUGAAUGGGCGGCUUACCUUACUUGGGCAGCUGCCAGAUUAUCCGAUGUUUGCGAGUACUCCACCCGUGUACUCAACGUUGAGGCAAUCAAGAAGGGUGAAAAGGUUGAGAAGCUUAAGGUUACUUCCGUACACUGGCCUACAGAAACUGUACACGUUAGAUAUACUCGUAACAUUUCUAUCGGUGUUGGUGCAAUUCCAAAAAUACCGGAAGUUUUCUCAACCGCACAAAAGUCAAACAUGACUGUAUCACACACUUGUCAAUAUCUUCCUACAUUGAAGUACAUGUUUGGACACCACGAAGAAAAUGUAGAAUUUAAGGGUAGGUUCGCCGUUAUUGGUGGUGGUCAAUCAUCCGCAGAGGUAUACAACGAUCUUAUUAAUCGCUAUCCAAACGCUGAAGUUGAUUUAAUCUACCGCGCUUCUGCACUCGUUCCAGCGGAUGACAGUCCAUUCGUCAAUGCAAGAGCAUUCGACCCAGCUUCAACUGAAGAGUUCAACAAGCUUACACAUAAAGCACGCAAAGAGCGUUUAGAGGAAUUCAAGAGAGCCAAUUACUCUUGUGUUGCUCCAGAGCUUUUGGAAGGUCUUUAUACUUUGCUCUACAAACAACGCGUUAAAGCAGAUAUCGCAAAGGAUGCAGGUUUGCCUGCCCCACCUAACCAAUAUAGCAUUAUGCCAAACAGCAAGAUUGUUGGUGUAAAGGCUGAUGAAAAGUGCACAAGUCUUGACAUACAAUCUACUUUGGAUUUCGAGGGCCAGGAGAGUCCUGCUCCAAUAACGAAAGAAUACGAUGCUAUUUUCCUCGGUACAGGUUAUGAAAGACCACCUACACAACUCGAAUUCUUAAAGGAUGUCGCACCAUAUCUUCCAAAACUUAAGAACGCGCUUUCUGUAGCCCAAUUGGAACCAAGUGCAAAAGUACCACCACUAGUUGAACGCGAGUACUAUAUCGCACCUGAAUCACAAGAAUUAUUCAAGCCAAGGAUAUUCUGCCUUGGUCAAAAUGAACAAUCACAUGGAUUGUCUGAUAGUCUGCUCUCUGUAGGUGCAGUCAGAGCAGGCGAGGUUGUCUCCGCCUUAUCAAGAGCAUAGAUUUUUAUAGUUAUUUUUCAUGAAAUGACAAAUUUAUUUGUACGAUAAACUUUUCCAAUUAGAUUUCAUAUUUCACUAUCAA